CAAAGAUGGCGUACAAUAACAAAAACAUGCAGCAGAGCGAUCUUUUAAACUAUUAUUUAACGAUUAACAUUAACAAUAUUUGCAGGAUAUGUUUGGAAAAAGGCCCCAAAUUGAUGCCUAUAUUCGAUCCUAUAAAACCGCCGCAUUUUUCCAUACUUAUAAUGGCUUGCGCUGCUGUCCAAGUUUUAGAAGGUGACGGUUUGCCUCCGUACAUAUGCCAGAAGUGUAUAUCGAAAUUAAACAUAGCCUUUCAGUUUAAAACGCAGUGUGAGACUUCAGACGCGAAGUUAAGGCAAUGUUUUGAGAAUUUUAAUAACUUGUCGCAACAGGCUGAAUUGGGCUUUAUUGAGCUUAAAAAGGAUGAAGUUAGUGCUACGGUGGAAUUUACAGAGGGUACUGAUGGUACAAGUGAACAUUUACAACCACAAGUACAACAUAUCAAUGAAAUAAACAACAUUACUUUACCUGAAGCAAACCAAAUUCAAGAUGCAACUAUUUUGACUACUGUGCAAUUAGAACCGGGUCCCUUAUUGAAUGAUAUUGAUAAAAACAGCCUGCAAGAGUUAAAACUUGAGUUUAGUGACUUAAAACCUGUGGAUUUGGACCUUAAAGUUGAAGACCUCACGCUGGUACACCUGACCCCGCCCACAACCCAAACACAGCCCGUUAAACAAAAAAAAUCGACAAAACCACACCAGUGCGACACGUGCGGCAAAGUGUUCCGCACGAAACCAGGUCUUGUGCACCACAUCAGAAUCCACACGGGCGAACGCCCCUACAUCUGUCACUUGUGCGACAAGCGCUUCAUCAACGGCGGCCAUUUGCACACCCACAUGCGCACGCAUACCGGCGAGAAGAACCACGUGUGCGCGGCCUGCUCGAAAGCGUUCGCUACCGCGCAGCAGCUAACAAAGCACACUAUCGCGAUUCACACGUCGGAGAGACCUUAUGGGUGCACGUACUGCAGCAAGAGGUUUGCUAGCAGUUCUAACCUUAAUACGCACAUAAAAAUACACACCGGUGAGAAAAAUUACCAUUGCGAUCAGUGCGCGAAAUCGUUUAGUACAAAAGGGCAACUUUAUCAACAUAUGUUGGUGCACACGGGGGAAAAAGCGUUUUUGUGCGAAUACUGUAAUAAAAGGUUUUCGCAAAAGGCACAUCUGAUAAGGCAUCUAAAGACGCACAAAAGUUGAAAUUAAAUGCGAUUUUUUCUUUGUCGAUUUAAGGAUACAGUUAGCUGUAAAUACAAGUGAUAUUGUAGUAUUAAGACAAACUUUCUGAUUUGGG